ACAGAUGGCUGAAGCGCAAGCCAAGGGAGGUAAUAUGGUUCCAGAGUCUUUAUUGAAGAAACAGAAGAGGAAUGAGGAAUGGGAUUUGAAGAAGAAGGAAGAGUUAGCAGCAUUGAAAACGAAAAAUGCUCAGAACAGGAAAGUGAUUUACCAUAAAGCCAAGCAAUAUGCCAAGGAGUAUGAGGGGCAGCAAAAGGAGCUAAUUCAAUUGAAGCGUGAGGCAAGGCUGAAAGGUGGUUUUUACGUCAACCCUGAAGCUAAGCUUUUGUUCAUUAUUCGCAUAAGAGGUAUCAAUGCUGUUGAUCCAAAAACUAGAAAGAUAUUGCAGCUGUUGCGGUUGAGACAGGACGUUGUUUGUUUCCAUAGGCAGAGCUCAGCCAAAGGGCCAGGCUCUUCCUAUGAGUUGGACUCAAUUGUAUUAUUGCAUGCAACACAGAUUUUCAAUGGCGUAUUCCUAAAAGUAAACAAAGCAACGAUGAAUAUGCUGCGUAGGUUGAGCCUUAUGUUACAUAUGGGUAUAUAUCCAAAUCUGAAGAGUGUGAGGGAACUGAUUUACAAGAGAGGUUAUGGAAAGCUAAGUAAACAGCGAACUGCUUUGACAGACAACUCAAUCAUUGAGCAGUGCCGGGUUGGCUUUGGAAAAUAUGGAAUUAUUUGCAUUGAAGAUCUAAUCCACGAGAUCAUGACAGUUGGACCUCAUUUUAAGGAGGCUAAUAACUUCUUGUGGCCAUUUAAACUUAAGGCACCAUUGGGUGGUCUACAAAAGAAGAGGAACCAUUAUGUUGAGGGUGGAGAUGCUGGAAACCGUGAAGAUUAUAUCAAUGAGCUUAUCCGGAGGAUGAAC